UUGUUUUCAGUUGUUGUUUUUUUUUCAUAUUGGCCAAACUGAAUCGAAUUGAACAGUUGAAGAAGGUGUGGCGCGAAUUCGAUGUUUUUGUUUCUGCUGCGAUUGCGGCGACAGCGGUGUAUUUAUUUUCGUUCAGAUCCGUCCCCAAGCGUGAUUUAAUCUGCCCGGGUCAUUAGUUUUCCCUUUAUCGUUGGAAGUGAUACAUCCAAAAGAUGGCUGUUCAACCCUUGCACCAGUUAUCUAUGGAUACAACUCAACAGCAGGGAUUUGUCAGAUUUUUUAAAACAUUGUCUGAGAAACCUGCAACAACCAUUCGCUUUUUCAACCGGGUGGAUUAUUACACACUUCAUGGCAGCGAUGCAGUUUUUGCAGCUAAAGAAGUUUUCAAAACAUCAUCUGUUAUCAAGCAAAUUGGAGCUGGUGAUAACAAGGUUGACUCUGUUGUAUUGAGCAAAGCAAAUUUUGAGUCUUUUGUAAGGGACCUUCUUUUAGUGAAGCAAUACAGAGUUGAAGUGUAUGUCAGCAAAAGUGGUGCACGAAACUCAAGUGACUGGUCUUUAGAGUACAAGGGCUCUCCUGGCAAUUUGGUACAGUUUGAAGAUGUACUUUUCAGCUCACAGGAUCAAGUUGUUGGAUCAGCUGUUAUCGCUGUUAAACUUAGCAAGGAUGAGAAAUCAAAAUAUGUUGGUGUGGGCUUUGUUGAGACUGCAGACCGAAAAUUCUGCGUCUGUGAGUUCCCUGAUGAUGACCAUUUUACAAACUUGGAGGCAUUAAUUGUACAGUUGGGCCCCAAAGAAUGCCUCAUUCCUCAAGGAGAUGGUUCUCCUGAACAAGCAGCUUUGAAGAAGGUUUUGGAUAGAAGCAAUGUUCUUGUUACUGGUCGCAAAAAGGCUGAUUUUUCAUCGUCCAAUCUAGCCAGUGAUUUGAACCGUCUUCUUCUUUUCAAAAGUGGACAGCAGCAAAACUCACUUGCUCUUCCAGAGAUGAAUCUUUCCACUGCUACUUUGGCUUUGGCUGCAGUCAUAAAAUACCUUGAGCUUGGGAACGACGAAAGUAAUAGUGGUCAGUUCACUCUCUCAUCAUUAGACAUUAAACGUUUUGUGCAUAUGGAUGCUGCUGCAGUCCGAGCAUUAAACCUGUUACCUGGGCCAGGGUCAAACUCUCUGAAUCGACACCACAGUGUAUUAGGCCUUCUAGACAGGUGUCGCACUCCUCAAGGACACCGGCUCUUGGCUCAGUGGGUGAAACAGCCCUUGAGAGAUCUUAAUGCUGUCACGGAAAGACAUGACAUUGUUCAGGUCCUUUGUGAAAGUGAAGAGUUACGCCAAACUCUAACUGAGGAACAUUUAAGAAGAGUUCCAGAUCUGCAGGCACUUUCUAAAAAGCUGCAUAGGAAAAAAGCAUCAAUGCAAGAUUGUUACAAGAUCUAUCAGGCUCUGUCUCGUUUGCCUCUUAUGCUGGAAGCACUAAACAACCAAAAUGGAGGAAACCCUCAUCCAACUUUCAGAGCAGCCAUAAUUGACCCUCUUCGAGACUACAUUGGUGAAAUGGAUAAAUUUCAAGAAAUGAUUGAGACCACUCUUGACAUGGAUAUUGUUGACCGCGGAGAGUUCCUUGUAAAACCAUCCUUUGAUGAUAACUUCCAAGAGCUCCGCGAUCAAAUGGAUGGGCUAGAGGAAAAGUUGAAAUCACACCUGAACAAAGCUGCAAGAGAAUUGAGUUUAGAACCUGGCAAGUCCAUUAAGCUUGAAUCAAAUGCUCAAAUGGGCUAUUAUUUCCGUGUAACCCUUAAAGAUGAAAAAAGUCUCAGAAACAACAAAAGUUUCACCACAAUUGAUACCAACAAGAAUGGUGUAAGGUUCAGAGAUUCCAAGCUGGAGCAACUUAAUUCUGAUUACAUAGCUGCAAGAGAUCAGUACCAAGAACAUCAAAAAGCAAUUGUAGAUGAAAUCUUGAGUAUAUCAGCUGGUUACUCUGGUACUCUGAACAGCCUGAGUGGGGUUGUGGCUCAUUUAGAUGUAUUAACUAGUUUUGCUGUCGUGGUGGCCACAGCCCCUAGACCAUACAUACGUCCAAAAAUGCAUGCUGAGGGCUCUGGGAUCUUGAAGUUGACUCAAGCCAGGCAUCCCUGUCUAGAGCGUCAAGAUGGUGUUGAUUAUAUUCCAAAUGAUGCUUUCUUUAAGCAUGGGGAUUGUACAUUCCAUAUUAUAACUGGUCCCAAUAUGGGUGGAAAAAGUACCUACAUUCGUUCAGUAGGGGUCUGUGUUCUUCUUGCACAACUGGGUUCAUAUGUCCCAUGUGAUGAAGCAGAAAUUUCAAUGGUGGACGCAAUUCUUGCACGAGUGGGUGCAGAUGAUUGUCAAUUAAAAGGAAUGUCUACAUUCAUGACAGAAAUGGUCGAAACAGCAGGCAUCUUAGGGACUGCUACUAAGAAUUCACUUGUUAUUAUUGAUGAGUUAGGGCGCGGUACUUCAACUUAUGAAGGUUGUGGCAUUGCUUGGGCCAUUGCAGAGCACCUGGCCAAGGAAGUUCAAGCAUUUUGCUUAUUUGCCACUCAUUUUCAUGAACUCACAAGGCUGGCAGGGACACUGUCCAACAUUCGUAACAGUCAUGUUACAGCUAUUACCACAGAUGACUCUCUGACAUUAAUGUAUCAAGUCAAAGAGGGGGUAUGUGAUCAGAGUUUUGGCAUUCAUGUUGCAAAAAUGGCCCACUUUCCACCUCAUGUUAUUGAGUAUGCUAAGCGCAGGCAAGCAGAAUUAGAAGAUUACCAAGGUCUGGACUUUGCCUCUGAUGACUCCUCUAAAUCCAAGAUCAUUGAGGAAGCUGAAGAAAUUAUGGAAGAUUUUCUCCAUAAAUGUAAGAAGAUUUGCACCGACAUAGAAAAUGAGGACAAUCGCUCUAAAUCUUUAGAAGAGUUACGUAAUGAAGUUUUAGCUAAAGACAAUGCAUAUAUCAAGACUCUUCUUUCCCAAUAAGCUUAGUUUCAUUGCAAAAGUAUUUAGAAUGUAUUCAAAACAUAAACAGAGGUGUUCUUCUCUGGAAUGCAAGCAAGGCGAGAUGGUUCUUCCAUUAUUCUUAUUUACUUACAAUUCAAGUCAUUUUCUUUGCUAUGACAUGUAAUUUAGGACAAAAUAAAAAAUAGCGCAUGAAAGUUUUUAA